AUGUCAAUAGAAAAGAUUACUUCUUUCGAGUCCCGGGUGCAGACAUUUGAAACAUUCGGAUGGAGCUGUUCAUUCCAAGACAUCAAAACACUUGCGCACGCCGGGUUCGCAAGGGAUGCGGUGGGAGGGUCUAAUGACGGAGUGAUCUGCCACUUCUGUAAUAAAGCACUGGAUGGGUGGGACCGGACCGAUAUUCCAUAUCAUGAGCACCGAAUCCACUCGCCAAAGUGCAUUCUAUUCAAUCUAGACACAACAGAGGCAAGAACCCGGUCCUUCAAGUAUGGCCAGCACAGGAUAGCCAUGAAAGCAAUUAAGUUUCUAGCUGCAAGUGGAGUGUUUUUGUAUAAUAUAGAAGAUCCCAAUCAGCCACAUUUAUUUUGCUUUAACUGCGGAUUUAAUUGUAAAAUAGCUAGCCAAAUCUUCAGCAAGACCGCACAGCGCAUUAAUGAGCUGCACAUGUGGCACAGCAGCACGUGCGCUGAAGAGGUUAAAAUUGAGAAAGAAGCCCGCGGAAAUAAACUGAAUAAAAAAGAAUAUUUCUCAUGCCAAAUUGUAAAAGGAAAAGUGAAUGCGCUCCAGGAGACAAGAUACGUUAUCGAUUUAAAUGAACUAUCCAGCAAUAAUAUAGAAAUACACACACCAUCUUGGUCACAUGUAAUGACAAGCGGAAGCCUUCCUAAGAAGAAUCUUUUGUAUGCAGAAAAAGAGCCAAAUAAACAAGCAUCCACUCCUGAAAUAUCCCAGGAGAGCGAAAAAGAGGUACAUGCAUCGGCAAGUAAGAAAGAUCGGCCUCUUUCUAGCCCAGGAGAGAGCAUUUCCCCCAUUUCCUCGGCAGACCAGAGAAAUAGCGCAGAGAAUGCGGCAACUGAGAGCCCAGCCAUGCUGUGUGUAACAGAAAGCCCGGGAGUUCUGGAAAAGAAAGUGCAAAUAGUUGUGCCAGAAACCAUCUUGGAUGAAAUUCGCCCAGAUGAGCUUAUACUGCAGCUAAAUGAAUUUAUUACGCCAGAGGAAAGAGCAUCUCUUCCCAUUAAAGAUGCACUUGCUCUAGGCCUAUCAAAGAUGCUAGAGCAGAUACGAGAUAUAACCAACCAGGAUAUAGAAGAUGUUCGCCAGGAGAUGUCACAAUUACUACCAUGAAGAGAAUAAACACAGAAAAUAAAAUCUCUGCUUACUUUUGCUCUUAAGCCCAAAAUGCUUACAUAACAUGUAAAAAGCACAUGCUGAUUUCGAAAUAUAAUUUAAAUAAGACCUACUUCGCACAUAAAAUGUAACAGAGUAUCUGUUUGAUUGGUGAUAUACGCAAUAACAGACAGCCCGAACAUUAUUGCAGAUAUAUGCUAAUGCACGGUGUGCAGUUAAGUAGUAAAAUAUAAACAAACAUCCUAUGAACCAGUUUAUUUCUAACGGAAC